AUGGUUACACUCGUACUCGGUCAGGAGUUGGUACCGUUACAAGACCCAAGCGAUGGAUGGAGUUCCAACUACGGCUUUUGGGUCCGAACAUCGAUACUGGUCUUUGUCGGCAUCCCCACGCUCACUGUUCAAGCGACAUACUUCAUUGAUGGCGUAAAGGUCCCGGCCAUGCGUUUGGUGCUGUUAUCUUUCGUCUCUUCGGUCAGUGUUGUCGCUGGUUCCAUGGCCGUAUGUGCCCAUCUUCCUUUCCCAGUUCCAUUUUUCCUGCUGGCGAUGUUUCCAGUACUCAGCGUGGUAUUGCUAAUCGCCUUUCGAGUGAUCAUCGGCACGCGGAUAAUUCAUCAAAUUAUGGCUCAUCGCGGUCAAUUGACGAGAUAUUUGCACUUUGUCAACGCUAAAUGUCUGCUGAUUUUCAUCUAUCCUGCCUACGAGGCGCUAUUCCACGCUGCACACGGAACUCACUUCCAACUUUUCGUAAUUCUUCUUCUUCCCUGGACUUGUUCAAUUCGAUCUACAUGGCUACAUGUAUGCAGCGUGCGUCGUCCCUCUUCACCAUCACCGUCAUCAUGGUCGUCGAUCUUUCUCUAA